AUGGCGUCACCUCCAAUCUUCAUUCAGAGCAGCCAAACGGUACUAGAGUACACACAGGAGCAACGAGAGAAGAAGGCUGUCAACAAGCGCACCGCAGCCGCGGAACUCCAAAGGAUCAAUGCAUGGAAGAAGUCCCAUGAGUCAGAUCCGAGGCUGAAGCCCCUUCCUCCGAUCCCUGAUUGGGAGAUGACACACGACAAAUCAUGCAAGAGAAUUGGCGAUAUACUGAUAAGGCCGUUUAAGCGGAGAAAGAAGAGCAACACUGAGAGUGAGGAUGUUGACUUCAGUGUGAUACUUGGCAGCCCAUUGGAGAAAGAUAAAGAUAUGGGAGCGAGACGCUCAAACGGAGGAGAUGGAUACGGAAGCGGAGAUGAGAGUGACAUGACGGCCUUGCCUCAAAGCCCGUAUUGGGGAAUUCAGAAGGAACAGGAACCGUUCCUCUCAAGGAAAAGGGCGAAUAAGUUAUCAAAGAAGAACCCUGAUAGCUCGAGAAGGUAG